UCUAUAACCUUCUGAAUCUCUUUCUCUAAAACUCAAAAAUAUUUUUCACUUUCUAGGAAAAUCUCCAUCGAAAGCUCUCUUCAUUUCCGUUACCAUGACGUUGGAGAGUUACGACGGCGAUGUUCACAUCGUACCACAAUCGGAGAACUCACUGCCGACGGCGAUCGAUACCGAGAAAGAGAGAGGCGGUGAGCUUUUCGUGCCUCCACUUAACUUCGCUAUGGUGGACAAUGGAAUUUUCCGUUCAGGUUUCCCUGAACCGGUUAGUUUCAGCUUCCUACAGUCUUUGCGACUCCGAUCCAUCAUAUAUCUGUGCCCUGAGCCGUAUCCAGAGGUGAAUAGAGAAUUUGCAAAAUCAAAUGGGAUCCAAGUGUUUCAAUUUGGAAUUGAAAGAUGCAAGGAACCUUUUGUUAAUAUACCGGACGAGGUAAUCCGAGAGGCAUUACAAGUACUCCUAGAUACAGAUAAUCAUCCUGUCUUAAUCCAUUGCAAAAGUGGGAAGCAUCGGACUGGAUGUCUUGUAGGUUGUGUGAGGAAGAUACAGAGAUGGUGUUUGUCUUCUAUCUUCGAUGAGUACCAAAGAUUUGCAGCUUCGAAAGCUAGAAUCUCAGACCAGAGGUUCAUGGAGCUUUUUGACAUCUCCAAUCUAAGGCAUUCACAACUUACCUUCUCAUGUUCCAAGAGGUUUACUCAUUGAUUACGGGAAAGUGAAGGCAAAACGUUCAACUUUCUUUGUUGAAUUAUAUAGUUUUUUUUUUUUGGUUAGAUGAAAAAUGAAAUAUGUUUAUCAGUCAAUAAAAAAGGAUCCUUUUUAUUCCAAAGUAUAUAAAUAAAAAACGUAAGGGAU